CUUGAAAAGCAAUGCAUUUUCCUGUUUGGCUGUAGCUAGAAGUGUCGUCUCAAAAUCGCCCAUUCAUUUGAAAGGUGAUCACCAGUAGACGUAAUACACCCAGGCAAAACCCACUUCAGUGAUGAAAUCAUUCUCAUAAAGUAAUUCUCCUGACCUCAUCCCUGGUCCUGCUGGCAACAACCCUCACAAAAUGUCUUCUUUGGAGAGGAAGUGUGAGAAACACAGACCUUUCACCCUGAACCCUGACCCUCGGAGGAAGACCAGCGCAGAGAUCGUCACCGAGGCUAGGCACUCUCUGAGGACCCUGCGCACCCAGCGACCUUUUACCCCUCGAGACGACCACAGACAGCUGUUUGGAGAGAUCUCUCGAGCCCAAGACAGUCGACCUCCCUCUACAUUCAGCCUCUACGCUCGGAACUUUGAAGCGCCAGACUCCAGACCGGGUUCUGGAACUCGCCUGUCUCCUCUGGAAUAUAAGCCCAGGUUGCCAGUGGCCCAGGAUGAGGACCCAGAUCCCGUCAGCCCCACGGCCCACCCCAAACCCCCCUCUGACCCCCUGGAGCUUAAGAGGGGGGCGAGGGCACGCCUUUUUAGAGCUGGCUCUCUGACAACACUCCCACCUGUGGCACGGCCAGCAGAGGUAAGGGAGAGUGUAAAUUCAGACUCCAGCCCAGAGCACAGAGAGCUGUCAGCUAAGGGAAGAGGCAGGAGAGCCCCUUAUGUUGAGCCCACUGAUCGAAAGAGGAGAGACAAGGAUAGUGGAGGACCCUCGAAACCUGCCCCACCCAGGACCAACAGUGUAAGUGGACUCAGGUUCCAUGGUGGUGUUGACUCAUCUAUUAGACCAGGCAAAGGAACAGGAGCAGGAGCCGGGGCCAGAACAGAGUUGGGAACAGAGUUAGGCAACGGAGACAGACCAGCCAGCCAGGAGGCUGAGGACGAAUCAGUGGUGUGGAAUGUUAAGAUUUUCCCUCUGUUGCAAGAGCUGGAGUCCAUCGCUGCAGGUGGAUCCGAGGAUGCCGUGGAGCGGCUGUGUGACGCGUGUGACUGUCUCCAUGGCGUCCUGGCAGAGCAAGGCAUGCUGGGCCGGCGUUGCAGGAAGAGAGCGGGGCUUCUUAGGGCGCUGUUCUGCCUCAUCGACCUCAACUCCGCCCAACUCAACCUGCAGCUCGCCAAACUCACCCUUGAGCUGAACGUCAGUGGAAAAAACCUGCUGAACAUCUGUAAACUCAUCUUCAAGAUAAGCCGCAGUGAGAGCAACGAUAUCCUCUUCCAGAACAACUCCAUCAUAGAUUCCCUGCUGUGUGUGCUGCGCUGUGAGGAUGUGUGUGUGUCUGCGGAGGCUGUGUUGUACUGUGUGGGCACUCUGAAGUUCCUCUCAGGGAACUCUGCCCUCCUCAGGCUCCUAUUGGCCAAGGACUGUGUGGGUGUGGCCACCCUGCUCAUACAGAAGCUCCACCCACUGUCCCAACCUGACCACACUCAGUUCACCACCGGAGGACACAUCCAUGUACAGUUGACAGCGACCCUGAGGAACCUGGCUGACCUCCCCGAGUCCCGCCCCCUUUUCGUCUCCCACGGCACCCUGACAGAACUGUGCCUAGUCCUGCGCCAUCACCACGGAGACCAGGACAUCUGCACCAACAUUGCCAGGGUGUUCAGUAAACUGUCCUCCUACUCUGAGUGCUGCCUGGUUCUGGCCCAGACCCCGGGCUGCUACACACUAUUUAUAGAACUGUUGAGCAAACACCAGUGGAAACAGGACCUGGUGGUGCGUCUGCUCUUCACUCUGGGUAACCUAACGUCUCGGAGCAGUGAGGCCAGAAAGCACCUCUUCACGGCUGAGGGAUGUAUGUCCGUGCUCCUGGGGCUCUACCACACCUACCACGGGAGGUGGGACCCACCUCCCGCACACACACCCCGCACACCUCCAGCCAGGAACACCUGUAACCCCCGCACCCCUUUCUUGGGGUGGCGGGAGAGUAAUGACGUGCUGGUGAAGCUGGUCAGGGUGCUGGCUAAUAUGUCCAUCCACCCUGCAGUGGGACCGACCCUGGCAGCUAACGCAGACCUAAUACACUACCUGUUGGACACACUGGAGCUCAGGUCCAUGCAGGAAAGCGAGGAGCUUCUGGUGAACGUGGCUGCCACCAUCAACAACCUGUCCUUUUACCAGGAAGACAGCUCAGUGGUCAGGGACAGAGGACUCACUGUCGCCAAGUUGUUGUUGAAGCUGCUCCUCAGCUCCAGUAUGGAUGGGAUGCUGGAGGCCACGCGUGUGUUUGGCAACCUGUCCCAGUCCAGGGAGGUUUGUGACUUCAUCAUACAAAACAAAGUGCACCAGUUUGUGGUGACUCUGUUGGACUCUAAGAGCCCAGAGGUGUGUUUCUCCGCCUGUGGGGUCCUCACUAACCUGGCCCUGAACCCCCCCAGCAGAACCACCCUCACACAGGAGGGAGCACACACCAAGCUGGCAGACUGUCUGAGGGACUUUGGGCCAGUGGACUGGCAGCUGGCUGGCCUGGUGUGUCAGACCCUGUGGAACCUCACUGAGGAGGGGGGGACGGAGACAGGCCCCCCAUCCACAAUGAACAACCAGGAGAGAGAGGCACUGCUAGAGGUCCUAACACUAUACCUAAACGAGGAGGAUGCUCUGCAGUGGACCUCUGGUGAUGACAUGAGGGACUUCCACCGAUUAUGCUGGGAGUUGGAGUUUCUGCCUGUGGCUAAGAGGCUGAGGGACAGGAUCCAGACUAAGACUGACUAACAUGACUAUCUCCUUACUCUGGUUGUCACGAAUGGCGCCCUGUUACCUAUAUAGUGCACUGCUUUUGACCAGGGGCCAUAGACUCUGGUCUAAAGUAGUGCACUAUAUAGGGAAUAAGGUGCCAUUUGAGAUGCACAAUGUCUCACUCCCUAGUGUGACCUCUUUGCAAUGUCCUCUCCUUUCUCCUUGUUGUGCAUUGCUAUACUGACACCUCUCUAAAGUCACUCUCUACUCUGUGCUACCACCCCUCUCACUAAUUCUAUGAAUAAGUAUUUAGUUAUAGGCUAUAGGUCUAGAUUUUUUUCCUGGUUAAGUCACAUGAUCAUGAAAAACUCCAAGGCCCAUACCUAUGACCUACUGAAUGUUGAGCCUCUACCUGACAUGUAUGACAAACUGUUUACACUUUAAAUAACAGAAAUUAUCGUUUUUAGGUUGUAUCUCAUGCAUACUGUAAAUGGUUGUGAUUUUGUCAUAAGCUACUCUUGUUAACAUACGAGUAGAAUUGUAAUUUGCCUCUGGUGAUAAAAAAGCUAAUGUUUCUCCGUA